AUGCCUUCAAUAGACCCAAAAACUCUUGUCUCAACCUUCUCUCGAGCACUCACCUCCUUUCAGUCAUCCCCAGAUGCCUUCCGUAUUCUAUGCACUCUACCCCACACCUCCAAUGUCCCCGCGCCGCGCCGUCCUGGCCGGCCAGUCCAGCAUCUCGUGGUCCUGGACUCGAGCUUCAACCCGCCAACGCUGGCGCACGCCAACAUGGCCCGUAUUGCUCUUAGAUCGGAGGGUCAUCAAAGGCUGAUGCUACUGCUCUCGGUCAACAACGCCGACAAAGCGCCAAAACCAGCGAGCUUUCCCAUCAGGUUGAGCAUGAUGGAGGCCAUGGGACGGGAGUUGCUCGAUGAAGGAGUCGAGAUUGACGUCGCCGUUACUACGAUGCCUUUUUUCCACGACAAGGCGAAAGCGAUAACCGAGUCUGGAUUUUACGUUGCGGAAACGGGGGAGCAGCCUACGCAAACCUUCCUGGCAGGGUUUGACACGAUAGUUCGCAUUUUUAAUCCGAAAUACUACAACGAGGGGAUUCAGAAUGCGUUGCAGCCAUUCUUUGGUAGAUGCAAGGUGAGAGUUACUACGAGGCCGGAUGAGACGUGGGGAGGGGUUGAGGAGCAGAGGGCGUGGCUGACCAGGGAGAGGGUGAAGGAUGUUGGAGGUGAUGAGGCGUGGGUUGAUAGGGUUGAGAUGGUUGAGGGAAGAGAGGGAGAUGAGGAUGUUCUUGUUCAUGUCGAGGGUAGUUGA